AUCCAGAUGAACACCGAACGCGUCAAAGAAAACGAAUGGAUAAUAACUUUUAAAAGAAAUCCAACAUGUCUGUCCCAAUUCCUUCCCAAUUCCUUGCUUACAUAUUUGGCAUCCUCGCUAUUCUUCUCAACGGAGUUCUCCUAGUUGCGAUUGGUAUGCGACAGAAAGAAGAUGUUUGUCUCCAGACUUUCCUAUCUGAUUGGAAAUCUGGCUUUCGCUGAUUGUCUCAAUGGUGUUUUUCUCAUAGUUCUGCAGCAGCCUAUCUUAGAUAUUCGUUAUGUAACCAAAACGUUGAAAGCUAUAACACUUCCUAUGGUCUGGACUGCUUAUUGUGCCUCGUAUGCAAUAUUGUUUCUCAUGGCGGCGGAAAGAAUUGUCAUUCUCCUUCUUCCACUUGUCAGUUCCAUGUUGCUGACCAUUCAUCGGACAGUUUUUGGAAUUUUUGUGGCCUGGUUGAUCUCGAUCGGCGGUGGUGUCGCAGUUUACUACAAGCAAUAUUACGCGAAGUUCUAUAUCUGUCUGUUCAUUGAAAUAUGCACACUCGGCUUCGUUGUCAGCCACGUGUUUAUUUUAUGGGCAUUGCACAAAAGGGAGAAACGUCGCGUGAAUGAAUACUCGUCCCAGGUCACUCCUCCUCCCCAAGUACCAUGCAGUGAAAGCCUCGCGCAGAGGAAAGCAACCAUGGUCGUUACCAGUCUUCUGGUGGUGUUGAUUCUCUCGUGUUUGCCCAGCUUUAUCUGUAUACAGUUAUUUGUAAUCAACAACUCGUAUGACAACACGCUUGCAAGCAAAAUUAACGUGGAACUUUACUCGAAAUUCCGUGCCUACUCAUCUGCAUUCAAUUACGUGUACUUCUUCUCAAACCCAAUAAUUUAUGCCUGGCGUUUGAGAAUGUAUCGCAAAGCAUUCUACAUUCUUCUUGAGCGUAUUCUGUCGCUAAUUCUUAACUAGUUUAUCUAUUAUAUAUUGUAUAUCAAGUAACACCACUCUAAUGAGCAUUGAGAAAUUUUUGUAAAU